UAGAUUUGCCAAAGGGGAAACAGUGCCGGGGGUGGUGCGCGGAGAGCAGAGCAAGAAAGAAAAAAAAUAAGAAAAUAAAAUGGCGAUCUUUGCGUGUUGUACAUUUUCGUUCGGUGCGACUGUGGACGGAAUUUUUGCUUGAAAUCAGCUCGAGGGAGCUUGUUUUGACCCUUCGUACGGGUGCAUUCGGACCAGGUGCCGCCGGGACCACUGUUAGUUGUCGGGGAUUUUCACCAGUGAGCCAGCCAGAAAUCGUAAUUUAACGUUGAGUCGCUUAGGAUUGAAAGUGGGAAAGUUUUUUUUGUAGUUUUUGCUGACGAGAGAAGGAAAUUUUUUUGGCGAGUGAGCGAUCCACAGAGUGAGUGAGACGGGAAACGAGCGGCGCGUGAGGAGGGCCUUGAGAGUGGAGUUUUUUUUUCUGAAGUGAAAAUCAUCGCGAGUGUCGAUCGACACACACACACACAUAGUGCUGAUUUUGUGGGGAAAAACAUGUGAAUUCGAAGAUCGGACACGGUACGAAACACUUCCUGGCCUGCCGGAACCGUAUCUUCGAGACUACGGAACUGUCGCCGUGCACUCGAGAGCUAGACCGAGUUUCCGAGAAUGGUAUGGGGAGCAGAAUGACAGUGUGCGUGUGUUUUCGAAAAUCGGAAAGAGACGGACUUUGAGUGGCAAGAGUAUUUGUUUUGAAUGUUGAACAUUUUGAAAAAGUGAAAAUAAACAAUCGCGAACGCACUGGCUUUGAUUGUCAUUUACGGACAGACGACGUGAGGGAAACGGAAUUCUGCGGUUUGAAAAAUAUUUUGGAUUUUGUCGGUAACACCACCGACAGCGACGAUAAUAGCCGAAGCCCAUCAGCAACGGAACGAUAGAAGAGCUGAGAAACAAAACGUCAAAGAACGUUAAGUCGAUAAGUUGUGUGCACACACAAACGGUUGAGCAGAGGAAGUCGGCAACGGACACGGACCCGUUACGGCAGCAAUAAGAAAGAAGGGAGGAAGCAACAGCAGCAACAACAACAAUACGACAGAUGUGAUGACGGCGCUGGCAGCCAAGGAGAAAAACACCUAUCAAUGAGAGGUGCACUUUUGUCACCAAGCGGCGCGCGCGUCAACGGUUGGUCCUGGUGCGAGGAGUGAGCAUUAGGAGAGAGAAAAAUACUACCGCCACAUUGGUCGGCAAUGCUGCUGCAUUGACGUACGGUCGGUUCCUGUGCUUGAGCGUGCAAUAAUAACAGUCACACCUAAGUAGUAAACAAAAACAAUGCGCGUCCCUGUGGUGGAAUGAGAAAAACAGCCUAAUCAGUUCGAACAAACGCGAAUGAUGGUGUGGUAGUGUAAUUUGACGAAGCCGAAGAAAAAGUAGAAAGCGUUUUUGCCGUUUGCUUGGCUGGAAAUCACCCGUAAUCAAUAAUAUUUGUGUGAUGUGAGCCCUGGUGUAGCGUAGUGCGGCUCUCGAUCCCUUUUUCUCUAAGUGCUUGGUGUUGGAUUAGGUGUAGCAUUAAGUUCCGCAUAUAUUCAGCUUACAGAAGAUAGAUUCCCGAUUGGUAGUGCUUUAAUAGUGGUAUUGAAAAUAAAGGUGAAAAUAAAAUCAAAGUAAGGUGUUUCGAUGAGAGAAAGAAUGGAUGGAGGAAGAAAAAAUAUAUAGUGAAUACUCAAGAUUUACAGCAAUCGAUUAGCAUGAUACGUACGUGACUAAUGUCUUGAAUGUGCGCUCUUUUUUCGUGUUUCUAUCGGCUCUUUUUAUGCAUAUAUUAGUACUGAGUGGCCCACAUGCGCAAGGGUGUGUGUGUGUGAAGCGAUGACGGUAGAACUAGCUCAGGCACACCGAGAGAAAUAAAUCGUCACACAUUACCACUGGAAACAACAACCCCAGGAAAGGAGUAACAGUGAAUGAAACAACUCCAUCGAACAAAAUUGCGCUUUUCAAAAACCGGGCAGGUAAUUCGGUGUCAAAAUGCUGCCGGAUGUUGACUGUGAGUUCCGCAGGACGGUCAAACAACCAGCCUCCGUCAACCGUUUACGGUGGUCCACGUGAAUGUCCAACUGCAACUUUGCAGUUGUGGUAGAGUGGUAGUGGUAGAAGAGCAGUAGCAGUGGUAUAUGUGUGUGCGUGUUAGUGUUAUCAUUUUCUAAAGUUCCUUGAAAUCAUUCGUUCCACAAAACUAGAGCAGUCUCGCCGAAAGAGAGAGAGAGGAAGAGCACACGGGAUGCACGGAAUUACGGUUUUUAUGUGAAUGAGAAGAAAGAAGGGUAAACAAAAUUUGCCGAGAAGAAAUCAAAUAACUAUCGUCGAUGCGAGGUAGUGUCCUUCUUCAGCACUAGUAGCAGCAGCAGCAGCAUCAGCGCCUACCCGCGGUGGAAUGGAAGUAUAGAUGGAGAAUAGUUAAUCCUCUGGCAGGAAAGGAAGAAAAAAAAAUAUCCAAGUAAGCUGCUAAACAAACAAUCAAACUCUUCCAGUGGGAACACACAGCAUUGCCAGAGAUAGAAAGUAUGAUAAUCAAGGACGGAAGGACUCGCUUUCCGUUGUUAUACGUAGUGCAGGAUGAGCAAUGAGAAGUAGUAAGGGCCUGUACUCGUUCGGUUCGGUAGCAGGUACGUCAGCAACGGUGUUAGGAGGAGGAGGAGCCGGAGGUGGCUCAACGGGAACAGGAACAUUUUCAACAGCAGGAUUAAAAGUGCCGUCAGGAUCGUCGAUUGGAUCGGCUUCGUCGUUGUUGUCCUUGCCCUCCGCGUCGCUACUGUCGACGGGAGGUGGAGGCGGUGAUUUGGAUAUGAAAAAAUCGCAGAAACCAAGGCACGAUGAACAGGACAGGAUGGAGCGCAGAGAACGCGACAAGCAGGCACGAGCACAAGCGGAACGUGAUGCGGAACCACCGGCACCAAUAUUUGCCGCUCCGGUUAAAGUGCUUAGCCCAUCGGAUGUGGAUAUGCAGAUCCAGUCAAAGCUCGGAAACUUCGAGAUGGCGCGGCGACAUUUCCUGGACAUGUCGGUACAUCACGUGAUCGGAAUCGCCACCAGUCCGGCCUCAUGCACACCCCGGUCGAAUGCGCCCCCGUCGCAGAUGCCAAAUAACCUCACCAACACCAUCAGCCCCCUGGUCGGUAGUGGGGUCUACACGUCGCAGUCUUCGUCGGCGUCGUCCUCGUGCACGUCGGCGUCCUCGUCCUCGUACCAUCGAACGCUUCCGCCAAAAACCAAUAGCAAUAGUAACAGUAGUAGUAGUAGCAACAGUAGUAAUAGCAACAGUGGAAACAACAACAACACCGGUAGCAGCGCCAGCAGCAAUGCUAACUUUGUCAAGCCUGCGGACAACAGGCCGAUAUACAACGGACGGUCUUCCGGCGGUGGUCGCCACUACAACCAGACCUCGUCGUCCUCAAUGUCCGGGACCGGAGUGGGGGUCUUUUCCAAGCAUGAGAUGCACCCGAAGGGAUUGCCUUCGGGGCCAACCUCGCUGAUGAACGGUCGCACCGCCGGAGAAAAGUUACCCUCGCAAAUGCCGAACGGACGUCUGCCUCCUCAGGUUUUAAACGCAAAAAUGCCUUUUAGAGUAAGUGAUAUGUCGACGCCGCUCAAAACGCCCGGCAGCGUGGAGAAGAUCCUGAGCGAGAUCAAAACGUUCAACGUUGGGACGCCACUCACCGAGAUCGGGGCCACGCCACGCAAGGAACUGGAGACCAAGUUUAGUUUUAACAACCCGAACAUGCCAAAACACAAAUACGCCCCCCAGCCGGUGCUGAUGAAGCCACCCUCCUUCAAGGCGCCAGUAGACGCAAUACCUCCGAUGCUGAAACCAAUUGGUGCUCUUGAGGACGAUCCAAACGGUUCCGACAGUGACGAUGGUGCUUACCAGAAGAAGUGCAACUCUAGUGAUAGUUCAUCGAACGACAGUGCGGAUGAAUCGUCCAGCGAGGACUCGUCGAAGGUGGGCAACAAAGCUGGUGGCGGUGGCGCUAAUGUCACGGCUAGUCAUGUGAACGAUAUGGUCGCGGCCCAUGGUCCAGGAAACGGCAGCGGGAACAAUCCCGCCGACCGGUGGGCAUUGAUAAACUUUCUUCAACCGCAGGUGCCAAAUGAGACGAGCAACAGCUCGCAGAUGACGGCCUCCGGGGCUGGUGUUAUUGGCGGUUCGAAUCAGAACUCGAACCUGAACGAGAACUCCAAUUCGCCGCUGAGGCACGCCUCGCCGCCGACCAUGAUCAAAAAUGAACCUCCGCCUGUCGAGGAUGAACACUUGUCGAAUAGCAGCAGCAACAACGAAGGUGUUUUCGUCAAGCAGGAACCAUUUCCAAGUGAGAAUAGUACAUCCUCACCGGGAGGAAUUCCCACUGCGACACCGAUUUCGGCCCUACCGGGGCUCAACGGCGGUGGUAUGGGUAGUGGGAUUCAGGAAUCUAACAAAUUGGGUGAGAUGAAGGACGACCUUGAUCUGUCUAGCCCUGCUAAAAGUCCGAUCAAGAGUCCUGAAAACGACCAACUGCACGAUAGCAUCGAAUCGGAUGAAGUGAGCAGUCGCUUGCUGAAAGUCAAAGAACUACAAAACAUACAACCUUUAUCGGGAAUAUCCGAUAUUGAUGACAAUAAUUUGGAAACCAAUAACGCACUGAUAGGCACGGCAAGUUCGGUCGUACCGAGGUUAGAGAAAAAAGUGAAACGCAAGCGGAAAAUUAACAAAAAUUUUCAAGACCGUGAACGGGACGCAUCUAGCAGUAGUGACGACGAUGGGUUCUCUAGUGCCCGGAGGAGUCGCUCUCAAUCCUUCGAGAAGGAUAAAGUCAGCAAAGGUCGAGGUCGACCACGAAAGAAUCCUCCAACCACAGGUAGAUCGUCGAUAAUCGGAUCAUCCAGCACGCGGCAGUCGGAUGCCGAUUCGGUCGCCAGUGGUCACAGCAAACGAAGGUUGUCGAUUUCAUCUAGCAAAACGGUUGCUUCAACGCCCAGUAAAAAGGAUGCUCCUAGCAUACCGACCAAAAAGACUGCCGCUCGGAGGCGCCCGUCUCGAGCUAACCAGAAGAUUACCAGCCGGGAGGUGCUGUCGACGACGGAUGAUUCCGACUCGGAACCGGCGCGAAACAACACCAACGCCGGGUUGAGUGAAGCUGACGACAAAAAGAAGAAAGCGGACAGCUCUUCGAAAGGUGCCAAAAUUAGUCCGAGCAAGGGCGUUGUUAGCAUGGUUAGCAUGCCGCCGAAACCUUCCGGGGUGGAUAAUUUGUCCUCCGAUAGCAACGAUGACAUGUUGUCUUCGCCCAUGAGAACAUCACUAAUGUCGCCACCCUUCUCGUCGAUUGGAACGGCCAGUCAACCAUCGUCGAUUUCGAAAGUGAUCCCACGAAAAUCAUCAACCUCUACGUCGGGUUCGAUUGACGAUGAUGACGAUGACGAUGACGAUGAUUUGGAUCGAUCCGCUAGUGACUCCGGCAGUGCUAGUGACGGUGGGAGAGAAAAGAAAAUCAAUAAAAUCAAGAGCGACCAGAACAAGAAGGAAACUCUCCGCAAGCUUUUCAUCAACAAAGAAGGUGGCGGUAAGGGAGGCAAAGGAGGCAAAGGCAAGGGUCAGGUAGUGAUAGAGGAGGUUCACCACACGAAGGCUUCCUCCAUACAAACGACUGUAAACACGACGCCUAACUCUAAGUCGCAUCUCCUCGGUGUGUCGCAAUCGGCGGAUAUGACCCGUACGGCCACACCACCACCUCCUCCGGCUCCUGUCGCCACCGAAUGUCGAACUCCGUCUGGGACGGCGUCGUCGUCUUCAGUGGCGGAAAAAGUGCUUUUAUCACCCGCGAAAACUGCCUUAAACAAUAUAUCCCUCAUCUGUCGGAUCGAUUUGUGUCGACUACUGAAGAUACCACCGCCACCGCCAGCGAAGCAACAGCUAGCGAGAGCAAAUGAAAGCUACAGUGCCCAGCGCAGUGCCUCUGCUCGACACAAGAGCAAAAGUCCUUAUGAUAUGAAGAAGCGUCGCAAUUCGGUCGCUGGCAACUACUUCGAAUCAUGUGCCCAAAGGAGGAUAGAUGAGGAAAAAUCUGCCUCCGCCACUUACAGACUGACCGAGGGCGUCGAUCCCAAACAGGCAGCGAAUGAGGCUUUGCUGUUGGAGAACGGUCGUCAUCGGAGUAAUUCCAUCAGCAGCAAUGCAAGCGAGCAUCAAUCGAGGGAACGAUCGCGAGAUUCCCGGGAGAAAGCCUCACCCUCGUUGCCACCACACCACCAACAUCACAACAGCUAUCCUUCGUCCCACCCGUCGGGUCCAGGGUCAGGGGCACACAAGCAAUCCUCCGCUAAACAGCAUUUGACGUACGACGAAAAGUUACCCGCUAAAAGCGAAAAAAUGCAGUACACAAACAGCAGUAGCUAUUCAAUCAAGGAGGAUAAAUCUGCAAUACUCUACCCAAACAGUAAAGCUUUCAACAUCAAGCACGAGAACCCCAUCAAACAGGAAUACUCGGAGUGUGAAGACAGCAAACUGUCCGCUGCCAGUCUGUCGGCAAAUAGUGGAAGUGGCUCGAUGCAGCAACAAGCCUCAUCCCAGCAGCAGCCGGAUAGUAGCAGCAAACGGAAACGCACAUCCAGUUCCAGCAGUAGCUCCUACAAGGAGAAACGGCGGAAAAAGGAGAAAUCCAACCUUAACGUACAGACUGAUUCUCUCGACCAAAUGCCCCCGACCAAUCACGAUCGGUUUGAUGCGGAGCAGCAGCUUGCUGCAUCCAAUAAUACCACUUACAAAACAACACCGCAUGCAAAACAACAACAACAACAACAGCAACAUUCGUCUGCGAUAGAAUCACCACUGGAAGGCACUGCUGGCGGUGGACACGGUGCCGGCACCGUCAAGAAGAUAUACGUGUCGUACUUUGAGCGCUCGAACGAGGACGAGAACGAGGUCCGGGACCAGAAUCGUUACCUCUCGGAGGCGAAACGGUUGAAACACGCAGCCGACCGAGAGGGUGACCAUCUGGCCCAAGCGAUGCUCUAUCUGGAGGCCGUGCUGUUUUUCCUGCUCACCGGCGACACAAUGGAGCGUGAUCCCAUCACCGAGAAGGCGGCCUUUACCAUGUACAAAGAUACUCUUAGUUUGAUAAAAUAUAUCUCAUCCAAGUUUCGCAGCCAGCAGCAACAUCUCACGGUACAGGGAAGCAUACACAGCAAGGUGGCGAUAUUGAGUUUGCGAUGCCAAUCAUUGAUCUAUCUGAAGUUGUACAAAAUGCGCCGCCAUGACAUCAAGGAUGUGCAGCGGAUCAUCGCCGAGUACAACCAGAAGCCAAACACGACGGUUUCGGCGGACAUGGUCAACGGUAACACGCCAUCGCCACUUUCGCCCACUUCCGUGGGGUCACAGAGUUCAGGCUACUGUUCAGGACAAACAGGCCAGACUGGUUCCAUUCCGAGCUCGUCAAUUAGUUCAUCUCCGUCGCCAUGCUUGCUGAUGCCAGUUCAUGUUCACAUGGCCUUCCAGAAGCAAGCGACGCUGUUCAAUCAUCUGCUCAACUGCCAAGACCUGUGGGAACAAGCGGAUAGUUUGGUGAUUCGGGGGAACCAUACAGAUUUCUUCAUCGAUCUAGACCACGAGAAUGGACCGAUGACGUUGCACAGUUCGCUUUACAACGUAGUCAAGUACGUUCAGGCGGGCAUACAGAAGCUGCGACGAAUGUAACUCAUGGUCUGGGUUGGGUACACCACAUAACAACCAAAACCACGCACGCCUGCUCGUCAUACAAAUGAAACCCUGUUAACAAAAGUCUGACUGAACUAAAUUUCUAACCAAGAAUCAAUCAACCACAACCAGCGCCACACACAGUUCGCGUUGAUCGUUGAUCAUAUAUAGUGUAACUAAAAGGACUGAGAGUUUACCCCUACCGACGGCGGCUGCGACGACAGUUCUCAAGUGUGUUUAUCGCGCAGAGUUCAUAAAAUGGUGCGCGGAAGCUGGCUCGGCCGACGGGAACCAAGUUCCUGCAGCAGUAGUAGUUUGACAAUAAUACCCACCACCAUCACCCCCUUGCUUUCGUAUUUGGUUCAGUGUGCGGUCACGAUGGUAGCUCGAAAAGUGCAAGAACCUAUUCUAUUUAUUUUCUUCUACGGACAAUAUCCUGUGACCAUGUGUCUGUGUGUGUAUAUAGAAGGAGAUGAGGCCGGAUCCUGGGAGCAGUUGCUGGAAAAACGACUGUGCUGAGCAAAGAAUUGCUACCGAUGUAGGAGUAUAAUUGCGGUCAUUUCUUCGGUGCUAUGUUUUCAUCGAAUGUUUGAUUUAUGCCUUCAGGAACUGUAUGGGUUCACUGUGCUCCAACUUCAGCGGUGAUAUUGGAACUGGUUUGGAAGGGUACCGGUUUACUCUUCUUAAAAGACCAGGCUCGGGACAAAAAUACUCCAUUAGUAAUGAAACUAUUAUGGUUUGCAAAAUAUUUCUUUAGCUCAUUAAAUUAUUUCACAUCUAACGAAAAGGGAGAGUUUGUUAAACCUUGGAAUGUAUUCGCUUAUUUCAUGCUAGUUGCUCAUGCUUAACAUUUUAGAAAAAUGGAAAAUUGGCAAUGCAUGAUUUCUGUUAGAGAAUUUAAUAAACAGUUUUUAUAUCACGGAUAUCAAAUACUAUUUUUUGUUUCACAAAGCGCAAUUUGCAUGUUUUAAAAAAUAAAUUGAAAAUAUUUCAAAAUACCAAAAUGUACAAAAAGAAGCACAAUUCGAAUUGAGUUUAUUAACAUGCUAGAUUUGUGUUGGAAAAUAUCCAAAGUCAGAUUCAGGUGCAUCAAGGAAGCGAACCAAAAAGCAUUGUCUUUGAAGUAUGAUCAACAUUCUUCCUUGUGGUUAGUCUUUUACAAACGAAAUGGGUCUCGUCUUCAAAUCAUUGAGCAGAAAACUAGGAGACAAGGAAAUAAGAAACGAUUGACACCGGCCAUUUGACACCGGCUGGUCAUUAACGACCAGCCAUUCGAAAUCAAGAAAGGAUAGACUAAUUGCAGACAAAUUAUUUUUAAAAAAUUGUUGACUAGAGAGGAUAGAAUAUGCAUCUAUACCGACACACACUGAUAAUUAAACCAGUGAUACCAUUGCGAGGUCCUGCACAAACCUCGCACUGGUAUCAGUAAAUAAUCUAGGAAAAUUGUUUGAAUUUGUUUUUUUAAAUUUUUGUGAAGUGCGCUACUAGGUUUUCUUUCGGUUUACUAGGUUUGUGAAAAAAAAAAUACCGUUAUGGUAAAAUUCUUCGUCUUUUCGAGCAAUUCGGCUAUCCGAGCAUUUUUUGUGUGCCUUCAUGUGAGCGUAACUGUUGAUCAGCCAGAUUAUGUGCCAUCAAACGAACAAAGUGAUAAUCGCAUGGCGCAAUUUUUGGGAAAUACUUCCAAGUAGGUUUGACAACUUAGCGGCCACAAUAUCGCUAUUUGCGCAGUGCUUGACUCAAUCGCAACAAUUGAAAUCUAUACCGUUCACUAGUGGCGCUUUUGUUCGAUUUCAACACCAACCUGUUGCUCCCAUCUCAAUUUUUUAGGCAUCAGGUUUUUUUUUGUCCGCUAAUCUUGCACAUGUAUGGUCUCUGUAACAGUUUUUUUUUUCAUUACUAAUCACUUUUAGAGCACGGUAUUCGUUCUCCAGCUCUUGUAAAUCCCCAUCGUAGAAACCUAGAAAUGUUUCCAAUACUACAUUGAUGUUUGUUAGUUUGGAAAAGUUUCUAAGAUUCAACAUUGCAGUCUUAAGGGUCGUAUCUCGUUCUUAUAUUUUUUACCAACCUCACGUGUCAUGAAUUUAACUUUCAAAGAAAAGUGUACAUAUUUGUACUUUAGGUCAAAAAAUGUAAUUCCGUACGGUUACCGAAUCUGUACCCAAAAAUUCGAAAAAAAAUUUGGAGGAGAUGAGAUAAUAUAGAUGCAUCUUCUUCAUUCACCGCUGAUCGUUGGUAGAGAUGAACAUUGAUUCCCAUGCAUUCAGCUGUGUUCGCCCAAUCUACGUAGUAGAUUUGAGCCCGAAUAGUUAACUUUCACAGCAUUCUUGUGCUCACGUAGGCGGAUUUUGACCCUCCGACGGGUUUGGCCGAUGUACACACUGUUGCAGUCUCUGCAGCGGUUAAAUUUUGUUUUUCAGGGUGCUCUUAUUUUUGUACACUACAGGAAACCCAUGUUUCCUGAGUGUAGACAAAAUUGGCAAAACUAACCAUUUUGUGUUGUUCUUUCUCUUGUUUCUUUCUCAAAGUGUUUUUUUUUCUGUGUUUCAUCUUUUCAUGUUUUUGGAGGAUUUUUUUCCAUGGAACAUCUCUCGUGUCCUUUCAGUACAACAGCAAAGUAUUUUCCUAUUCCUCUCCGCUAUGAAAUUAUCUCCGACCAUAGAUAUAUUGAAGAGACGAUGCUCCAUGAAAUGGAAGGCUGCUUGCUUUCGGACAAUAGAAUAAACAGAAGUUAUAUACCUUUUUGUAGACGUUGGCUUACGGGAUAUCCAAAACCUUAGAAAGUAUCCUUUUCUUUCCUUACAGUGAACUAUUGUCUAUGACUGGAAUACUGCAACUCCAACGUCUGCUUCAAGGAGUGUACUUAUACAACUGUGUAGCUGUCAUCUGCACUCCAGGAAAGAACUUUCCUUUCGUGAACUCGGUGGUUCUACUGUGUAUUUGAUGGGACUUGAAAGUAAUCAUUUAUUAUUAGAUGCUCCCGUAUGAUCUAACACUAAAUUCAGAUUUCUACUGAUUACAACUGGACCUGUCGAGGCUAGUGAUUGACUGGAAACGAAAGAACCAACAGAAGAGGUGUUGUGUUCCAUCAGAACAAUGCAAGGCCACACACGCCUGUAGUGAAACUCCGAGAGCUUGGUUGGGAAGCUUCAACGCAUUCACCAUAUAAUUGAGGCGAUUACUACCUUUUUCUACCUUUGCAAAACUUCCCAAUUGAUUAGAAAUGGAGAUCAAGAGAGGAUUGUGAAAAUCGAUUAUUAGAUUUCUUCGCCAAUAAGGACCAACACUUCUACGAGAGCGGCAUUAUGAAGCUACCGUUAAAAUGGCAACAAAUUUUACAAAGAAGCGUUGCAUAUUUGGCCCAAAUCGGAUAAUCCGAAAUAUCUUAUGAUGUUUUGAAUUUCAUGCAAAAGUAAUGGACUUCUUCUUCCCCAACCUAAUAUAUCCAAUUUAUUUUCAAAUUUCAAAAUAUUGCAUGGCUUUUUUUACACAUUUCGUCGAGAACGAGCAUUAUUUGCCUUUCCUAUCCUAGCCUUCAAAGUUGCCCCGUAUAUUUCGAUCGGGCCAAGCUCUGGGGCGUUUGGAGCGUUGCAGUCUUUCAACACUUCUGCGCAUUUUUUCCGUUAUGUUUGAAUUGGUGACCAUGAAUUUUCGUGCAAAUUUAUCAUACUUAUAUUUUGCAGUAACAUCUCCACUAGCCCUUGCCAUGAGAAAUUUUCGCCCUGGGAUCGAAGUCGGCUUCACGUAGGUCCAUGAGUUUGGUCCGUCGAGUUCGGUCAACAGCUGAUCGUAUUGCUUCCGGGCACAACGUCUGGCCAUAGUAUUCUUUUGAAGAGAUUGGUUUAUUGGUUUGCUGGCUCGGUAGGAGUUGAAACUUUUCCGGAGUCGAAUUCUUGAGGCUUCCGAAUCGUCGUCUGUUUUUUUAAAAUAGUUUUUGAAGUACGCAAUACGUGGUAUUUUUAGGUAAAUUCAACAUUUUAACAAGUUUACCUGCGGACCACAACGGAUUUUCUAAGUGACUGUGCACAUUUUUUUUUCUCUUUUCAUUCGGUAUUGCGAUCUAUUUUCCAGCUACGGAAUGAUAAAAAUAUACUGAUUAGUGUUCGAUGUUACCAAGAUAGGUUCCCGUCAACAGUAAUAGUGGACCCUAUUAUAGAAAUCGAGGUGAUACGAAUUUUGCUCGUUAACCCUAUUUUACUACUACAGAUACCGAGCAUUUCAAUAGCAUCGAGCGAGUGAUAGCUAUCGGUGCAGAUUUCAGAAUUUUCCGAAUUGUUUGGUUUGCUUGUUGCAUAACUUCAGAGAAUUAUUUUGUUUGGAUUUGCGUCCCUGAUAUUUUCCCUUGAGAAACCUUUCAGAAACGCCUAAAUAUAUGCAAUCGCAACACAUGGUUAUCUCGAUUUACGAAAUACGAGAUUUUACUCGGUGUGAUAUUAAAGAGGAACUCAGCCGGGUGCUAUGAUUGAUGCUAGGAUCGUUAGCAAAAUCUCAAGCAGAACUGUCAGUGGGAUACCCAAUUCAUAUGAAAACAAGGGGAAAAUGUCAGUGGGAUACCCGAUAUGUUGGCUCCUGUCAGUUCAAUGGGGGUUCUCUAAAGACGUCACCCGGCUGGAGGAACAGGUACAAAUUCGGUACCCCGUGGGUAAUUUGGUACCCACCCGGAUCUCCGGCGGCAAUGAGCGCACUGUUCUAGUAAUAAACCCAAAAUAUCUGUGUUUUUUUUGAAAAAAAAUCAAGUUUUGUUGUUUUUGAAAUCUCGAAAAUUUUUCAUGUGCGUCUUUUGAAAAAUCAUUGAAAAUCGAAUAGUGAGCCGAUUUUAAAUAUUAAAGCGGAUUUGGAUCAAGAAAUUGAUGCUCUUCAACGAAUUCCAGUGAGUGUAUUGAGAUUUUAAUCACAAAUUUCAUAUAUUUCAUUCCAAAAUUAAAAUUCGGUAUGCGGGUAAUUUGGCACCCCAAUGUAAACAUAGUGUUGGUGAUACACUGUGCUAAGUAUUGCAUGCCCAUGCAGCAACUACGCUUGUGACUUUUGUAAAGACUUUUGAUUCGUUUUACUUUUUGAGUUAGAAAUAAAUUGAGAUGAAAUUUGUUCACUAUUUCUGGAAAAAAUCGUUUUUUGUUCCUCUUUGUUUUGUAAAAUUGCAUGCCUUUUCGUCAAAGUUGAGUUAAUUAACGUAAGAUAGUCGGCCUGAUUCUACGCGGCGUGUGAGGUGAGAUGACAAUUGUCACAUCACCAUCACGCAACUCUCCUCACUCUAUUCCUACAGUCGUUUCGGAUGCCGUGAGAGGUUCAUUUGAUGUAUGUGAGAGGAUGAACAGCAAGUGACAAGGCGUUCAUUCUGCUGGUUGCCAAAUCUGAUCAGAGAUGCCACAUUCGCACAUGUGUUCACGAAUUUGUAGACAUUUAACUUUUAUCAUAACCUUUUAUUCCUGCUGCAGGCUAUUUAAAAUAGUGACAAAACAUUAUUGAUUCCAUAUGAUAAACGAAGCUGGUCAGUAUGUCAAACAUUAGCACAUAUUUACAAAUAUUUCAGAUUUUUAUCGCAUAUAUUUGAGAAAAAACAUCUGGCAUCCCAGAAUUUUAUUUGUUUCGCUCAGAGAGGUCAGAUAUUUGUUUUGCUGCAGUCAGUACCGUAUCUAUAGAUCUGAUUUAACCUGGCCUGUUGUUAGUGUAUCAGGACAUUCUGCCGAAUUUGCAGGUAUUUGAUUUAGAUUUGGUGAAACAGUUGAUGGCAUCCUGUAAAGUUUAGCAUUUUUGUUUGUUUUGGUCGUAGUUGCUGCUGCUCUCUGCACUCUCAGUGUUAAAUUGUUGCUCUGGCUCCGGCUCGGGCAUAUACCACGGCUUCUGAAAUGGAUAUGCAGUUCGGUGACGAUGACUCGCGGAUAGAUAGAUGAAACACAAGACCCAUAUGAUAGAUAUAUUUUAGAGAAAAUAAAUAGAUUUCAUGAAAUGAAAAUAAUUUCGGUGUGCUUAUUCGUCCAAUUGAGGAAUAACAGACUCACUACCGCUUUCACAAAAAAAACAAACUACUUGCAAUUUGUCUUUCGUACUGUGAAAAUUGAAAAUAAAUUGAAUUUAUUGAUACAUAUAAUACCAUUACUAUCGAUUCUAUACGACCCAAAAAAACACUUAUUAUUCCUCUUCCUUUUUUCAUUUGUUUUCAUGCACUGUCGAUACCUCAAAACAUGUCGACGAUUGUCACCUAGAAAUCCCAGUUCAUGUGACAAUCGUCACGUAUAUUUGAGAGCGGGAAUAAAGUGAGAGUUCAUUCAAGUGAGAUUUCUCACGGCAUACGCCUGGUGGAAUCGCGUGACAUAAGUGACAAUUGUCAUCUCACCUCACACGCCACGCAGAAUAAGGCCGAGUGUAUUUCACUUCUGUGAUUUCAGGAAGAUUCUUUUAAUUUGAAAUAAUAAAAAAAUGGGGUGCCAAAUUUAUACCCAGGGUACUUUUUCUUGACGUAAUAAAUGUUUUUGGAUUGAUGAAAUUGUACAGCCAUCACUUCCCCUUCAGUUUUUUUAGCUCACUCUUCAACACACAAUCAGAAACUCCACAGAACGGUUCUGGACCAGUGAACCGCUCGCACCUUGUCUUGCAAGUUCAUCUGCUAGUUCAUUUCUCUCUAUACUGCAAUGGUCGUAACGGUAACGGUAAUAAUAUGCAUUCUUGUCUCACUUCAGCAGUAGGAUUGCAUCAACAACCUUCCUUGGGACCCCUCUACGGCUGAGUGCGGUCCAGAUAUUUACAUGAUUGAGUCGGUCAAACGUUUUUUAAGCACCAGUUGAAGAGAAUAGUGGAACUCGUGGAACAGCGUAGUUAUGUGAACCACACGUGAUUGGCCAGCACGGAACCCGGUUUGGUGUCGUCGGACGCUGUUCGAUUUUUUCCUGGAUCCGGUUGAGGAUCUCUGGGAAAAUCCGGUGCCGCCCGUGUUAUGGAGCUUUUUGUGGGUCUGACAAGCAGGCUAUGCCUAUAUAUAACGGUGCAACUUUUGGGUUUGACAAGCAAGCUAUGCCUAAGCGAAUUGGUGCAAAUUCAUUGAUAUAAUAAUGUUGAAGAUGCGAUUCCAAUUAAAAGGUGUCAAAAGCAGCGGUACUUCGGUAUAGAAGGAAAUACAGACGAAAUUUACUCCUGACAUUCCAAGGAAAUAUUGUGUACGCAACAGGGAGAUGGGGCUUGGUAUGUAGUACAGUCAACGCUCUCUAACUCGAUGUUCUGUGACUCUAUAUUUUCCCUAAUUCGAUGGAUUUCAUGGCACCUUUCAUUUAUUUAACAAACAUUCUUCUCUCCAUAACUCGAUGGUCUCUUGGAUAUCGAGUUAGGGAGAGUUGACUGUACUUGUUUUUUUUACCUAUUUUGAACAACAUCUUUCUACGACGAUUAACUCUUUAGCCUAUGAUUUGAUUCGGUCGUGCAUCGAGUCAUUUCAUUAGGGAAACUGGGGGUAAGACCGGCACCCCUUGAGUUUUACUAGAAAACUCUAAUUAACUAUGUUUUUGAAUACUAUACAUGUUGGUAUUCAUUAUUUUAGACUUUUUAAAUCAAAUCCAACUAACCGUAAUUCGUCAAAUGUUAAAAAUAUCAUUAAAAACAAACGCCAGUGCCGAUGAUGUGCAACUGGAUGUAAUUUUUCGAUAGUGGAAUUUAAGCUUUUAUUUUUGAACGAGGCUUCAAAUCCUUUUAGGUUCAGUUUGUCUCCUGGAUUGCUAGCUAGCACGGAGAUUUGAGUUGAGUUAAGUUAAAGCAAUAAAUUAAUAGAAUAAUAGAAUAAUUAAUAGUCUCCUUAAAAAUGUAUGCUGUUGGGUUAAGACCGUCACCUUUUGAAUGGAAUAAGCCCGGCAUGAUUUCCAGUUAGUUGAAGGUUAUUGGGACAUACUUUCCAUCUAUUUCAGAUGUCUCGCAGCUCCCAAGGAAAUUGAAUUGUGAGAGUGGGUCCCAGGAGAACAUCACCCUUGCAAAAGAAGCUAUCGUCGAUGGAGUUCGUGCUUCCAAGACUUUGGAAUCCCCAGGUCUACAUUAAGGAUCACGUUUUGUGAAAGGUGGUAAGCUCGAAACUAGGACUUAGAUUCCAUUGAACUAGUAAUUGUGGUGUGGUUUGAGGUGCUGAUUUAUAGAUUUGCCUCAAAUUCCUUUCUUUUCCAUAUUCCAUGUUCCCCGGGUUUGUUCCGACCAUAUCUCCGGAAUCAGUUGAGUGAUUCGAACCAUAUUGGAUAGCGACGUCUAGAAUUAGAAUACCUCCCAUUUGCCGGUUGCCACAUUCAAACUGGUUCCGCUGGUGUCAAGUAUAUUUAUUGACAAAUUGAGGGUGCCGAUGUUACCCCCAUGGGGUGCCAGUUUCACCCGCACUGGUUGGUGAACUCUGUUUUUAUGUCAGCUUUAAAAAUUCACUAUUACUUGCAAAAUUGCCAUUUAAAAGCACUGAUAUUUCUUAUAUCUCAUGGAUAAUAAUCUAGACAAUGUUUCUGUGAGGGAAUCAUAACGAUAUGUGCCCUCAGAUCUCACAAAACAAUACUUCCUCUUAGGGAGCCGGGCUUACCCCCCAGUUCCCCUACUCUGUUGAGCAUACUAGCGCCCUAUGAUAUGCAAAUGCACCACGAGUGAGACUCGAAGUUGUGGGUUAAGGGGUUAGCAUCAAACAAACUCAUGAAAAAUAAUUGUGAACUAUCAAAGUUUUUCCCUUCAAGCCAUUGCAAACUAUCGUUGCUUAUACUAUCAAUGCUGAUUAUUCUUUAAUAGGUGAAAUGGGUUCGUUUUCUAUUUUCCCACAUUCCAAAUAGAAAACAGAACAACCAAAUCAUCAAGAAAAGUGCGAUAAUAAGAAAUAAGAUAUCAUAAUCUAUGUUGCAUACAACAUAUAAUCGGAGAAGUACAAGGAUUUACAAGUUAAUACAAACUAUCUAGGUCGAGAAUAAAAAAAAACAAUACAAGGAGUGAAACAAAACAUCAAUCUAACAUUAUGACACAUUUAGAUCGUGUGUUGCCUAGAAUUUGUUAAACCAUGAACCAAUAACGCAUACAAUCCCGGUUCGACUUCUCUUCCUUAUCGUGUCGUCAGUGAGUUUUUCUUCAAUAUAUAAUUGAUUCCACCUUCCCGGCAGCCAACCGGACUUAAUUCUGUUCAAAUCGGACUGUCGAGAAAACACGAACGAAAACAUAAGUCCUAAACUACUAAAACAUCACGCAACGCUCACGCCAACAACGUGGCGUUCAAAUUCACGCGCUUCUGUACUAACGUUUUAGUUUAAUCACAAAACUUUAGAUGUGUUUUUCUGAAAUCAUGUUCUAUCAUGUUUUUUUUAUUUUUUAUUUACUACAGUCUCACUCAUUGUAUAGCAUUGUAUAGUUUAAUUUAUUGGCUCAAACUAACUGGAAAGAAAUAGAAAAACCGAACUUCUUAAGCAAGCAAGCUCGUCGUUGUAACUCACAUCAAAGAUUAGUUGAAUCUAGGUAUAGGGGGAGGUGCAGCCAUCGGAACAUUGGAAUUAGAUCCCAUUUGUUGCGCAUCUAUUUAAUUGCGUUCGCUAGCUUUAGGGGUAAAUGAUAAAGCAAAUUAACACUUAGAUAAGAGACCAGAGAAAUAUAUAUUCAUACAUAUAUACCGCAUGUGUUAACGCAAAGUGGCAAUUGCAAAGAAGAGAGGAGAGGGCAACGCAGACGGGGUUCGGGUAUUAAAAUUGUUGACUACUAACUGCUUUAGGUGUUAGGGCCAACUAGCGAAUUUGUAGCGAAUUUACUUCCCUAAGCCAACCUUAUGUAAGGGACGUGUCUUCACUAAACGGUUUCCCUGCAUUAGUUUUAACUGUUACUGAAUACGGUUCAACACCCUCUUUUUAUAUUAUUUUUAUGUUUUUAUUAUUUAUUCAAAUGUUGCUUUUUAUUAGCUAUUUUAAAUUGAGAAAAAGAAAAACUAAGACAACGUUUUAGCGCUGUGUUAGCCUGAUAAGUAGAGAACCAAACUGAAAAAAACGAUUGAAACGACAAACGAACUAUAUCCUCAACGGUUUCAUAUCAGCAUCUUUAUGUCGUGAAUCCUUCUAUCCUUCCGAUAUUUGUUGCCGAGCAUCACGAAAUGCGUCACGGAAUUGCUGCCAAGCAACGAGAAUCAAAAUCAAUCAAACGGUACGUUUCUUAGGGAGCUUUUGGGGAACAGCAAAAGGGUGGACUAAUAAAGACGGAGAAAACAAAUUGAGAGAAAAACGAAAAUCCUCACGUUCUAUUUAUAAGCAAAAACGCAAACAAACGGAAACAAAAGACGGAGUUGAAAUAACAACGGUGACAAAUAUCCUGGUGUGAUUUUUUUUCACAUUGAAACAAAACACAAAUUCUAAUCAAAGUUGAUCACACACACACAACCUUUGGCCAGAUGCGAAAGCGUAAUAAUACGAGAAGCAAGAAUAAUCUAAUUGCAACCACUAAAGAAAGUAAGUCACAUAGUUCUAAACUAUAUCGAAAUUAUGCGAAGCAGUAUAACAAACAAUCCUAAUAAAUUGGUCAGAAUGAUAUGAGGGAAGAAACAUAACAAUAGGCGCAAGCUAAUGAAAAAACUAUAUAUACACAAUUUAAAUUUAGUGAUCUUAGAGAACUCUUUCUUUAUAAGGAACAGUAAUAGCAAAAUGAAAAACAACAAAGGAGCAUUACUACUAGAACCUCUCGACAGCAGUCAACAGUACGGCCCAAGGAAUUGGGUACCAAAAAAAAAGUAUCGAACGAAUAAGAGAGUGUGAAAGCAUAACAGGAAAAUGGGAGUGCUGAAUGAAACUGCAGCAACAAUUGUCGAAACACUAAACAAGAUGUAUGACUAAUUAUGUGGUAAAAAUGCUAUUUGAGCAUUCGGCGGCCGAUAUGAAUCACAGAACGAUUUGUACAGUAACUAUAUACAUUAUUAUAUACUAUUAUUAUUACUAUUAUUAUUGCUAUUAUAUUAUUAUUAUUAUUAAAACUAUGUAGAAAUUUUAGAAUAAAAAACAGAUUGAAAAAUUA